GAGUGACGCCACUUCCGUGACAAUAGGGUCAGCGUGACAGGUUUAUCAACAAUAACAAGAGCGACUUGUAACAUCUCGUCGAUCAAAGUGCGCGAUUUCACGUGAAAUGACUUGGAUGAACUGACCGUUAGGAGUUGUUGUGAAUCACAGCGUCUUUUCCCGAGUCUCACUGAGGAGCUGCUCAUUCAAUAGUGCUGUUAUCUCUGAAAAGUGUGGUGAGGACACUGAGCAGUCUCUCUGCUGGUGUGCAGCCACGUUUAUCCACUGAACUUUGACACUCAAUGGACGAAUAGCAUUUUGUAGUAAAAGUAAACGUUAUUUUAUGGCACAACUGUGACUGUGGACUUUGGACCUGUGAGGACAAAUCGCUCAAAGCAGCUGCAUAAGGUGCUUGGAACAGUGCAAUGGAAGCUUCUGAGAUAGAAGGCCGCACCUUUAUGCAGGCGAUCAGUGAGAAGUACAGCCCGGAGAACUUUCCUUGCCGUCGGGGUCCAGGCUUGGGAGUCGUGGUUGUGCCCUCUGGACCACAGGCAUCACCUAUGAAAGACCGUCUGAACCUGCCCAGUGUUUUGGUUUUGAAUGGCAGUGGAAUCAGUCAUGCAGGAGACGAGGGAGAGAUUGCUGCCUUUUGUGCUCAUGUGGUUGAACUUGAUCUGUCCCACAACAAGCUCCAAGACUGGUAUGAGAUCAGCAAGAUUGUUUCUAACAUCCCGCACCUGGAGUUCUUGAACCUCAGCUCUAAUCAGCUGAGUGAUGCAGUCUUAGACCCAGACUGCGCUAAGGCCUUUUCUAGCAUCCGCCGUUUCGUUCUUAACAAUACUCAAGUGUCCUGGGACACGGUGCACACUUUCACACGAGAAAUGCCUGAGCUUGAGGAGCUGUUCCUGUGCCUUAAUCAGUACACCACUGUGACACCGGCUACCAUACCCUGCCCCACACUGCGUCUGCUCCACAUCACAGACAACAGCCUCCAUGAGUGGAAUGAAGUACGAAAAAUUGGCUCCAUGUUCCCUGCACUGGACACUUUGGUCAUGGCCAACAACAACCUGAGCGCCAUUCGGGACUCGGGAGAAAUCCUUCGGCGGCUCUUCCCUAACCUUCGAAGCAUCAAUCUGCACAACUCAGGACUUAAUCGAUGGGACGACAUUGAGAAGCUAAACUUUCUGCCCAAACUGGAGGAGGUGAGGUUGCAAGGCAUUCCUCUACUGCAGGCUUACACGAGCAUGGAGCGUCGCAGUCUAAUGAUAGCCCAGCUGCCGUCAGUGACCAACCUAAAUGGGAGUGUUGUUACGGAUGGCGAAAGAGAGGACGCUGAGAGAUUCUUCAUCCGUUAUCAUUUGGGUUAUUCAGAGGAGGAGCUCCCUCACAGAUAUCACUGUUUGGUGACCAAAUAUGGGAAACUGGCUCCUCUGGCUGAGAUCGACCUGCGACCGCGUUACCACGCCAAGGUGGAGGUGCGCUAUGAAGACAAAGUGGAGCAGGUGAGCAUCCGUUUGGACCAGACUGUUGCAGAGCUGAAGAAGCAGUUAAAGACUGUAAUGCAGCUCCCCACCAGCAACAUGCGCCUUUACUACAUCGACAAGUGUACUGCCUUCGGCCCCGAUGAGUUGAAAUACAGCGCACGCGCUUUGCAUUCCUACAGCAUUCAAGACGGGGAUGAGAUUCUGUUAGUUCCCAAAAAAAAAUAACCGUCUUUCACCAAGAUCAUGGAAUGCUAUAUUUAAAUAACCAAAUCCACUUUGAAUUAUAUCUAAGCUCCACAGAGUGAUUGGGACUGUGUUUCAGGGAAAAACUGGGGCUUGCUGGGGCUUCAGUUAUACUCAAGCGGCACUUCAUGUGUCAUGUCACUACGCGGUCGUAAGAAACGCCAUGACUCGUGUGCACCUCUGGUUUUGUUGCUGUUAUUAAAGCUUUCAUUUUUGUCUUCAGACUUCACAAGCACCCCUGUAUUUUCAAAUUAAGCACAGCGAAGGGCUCUGGCAGCCCAGGAUGUGCUUUUUACAGAUCUUAAGACAAUCACCCAUAGCUGAAAGAAAAUGUUGCACUGUACUGAUGUCUUAUAGAUUAAAUCAUGGAUAUUCAUUGCCUGCUGAUGUGUGUUGUAUGCUGUGUCAGCCAUUUAUUACAUGCAAAAGACUCUCAGGCCUUAUAUACUGUAUGGGCAGUGCUAGAUUCUCAUUAGGAAAGAUUUGCGAAACAUCUUAUUCACAAAUGUUUUUAAAUAUCCAGUUCAUUUGAGCCAUUUUUACAAUUUGAUUGAUUCCAGAAGUUAAUUGCAAAUGCAUGCAUUUACUAUUUAAUUGUGGUAUUUUUUUUGUUCCUUUUGAAUAUGUUUUAUUUUAUUUUUUUUAAAGGAGAAUCUCUAUUAAUACUUUCUCUGUUGCUUUGGAAGUGGGCGUUCAAACUCGUACCUCUAAGACAAUGCAUACGCUGGAAAAAGUGCUUAUUCUUAUUUCACUUAUGUCCAUAUUAUGGACUGUGUUGAUUUUGACUUUUUAUUUUCAGAAUAAUUAGAUCUGUUCAGUGACAGAAAAUCAACACAGUCCACCAAAUAUUGUUAUGGUAUGAUUAUUAUUAUGUGCAGUAUUUAUUAUUAAUUGGUGUUAUUUGUUAAAGACAAAACAAAACAAAUCAGUAGCAAACCAAUCAUGGUGUACGACUGUAUCCAGCCAGAAUUUGGGUUCCUGUGUUAAAUUAAAGGCAUAGUUCACCAAAAAAAAAAGAAAAUUCUGUAAUCAUUUACUUUGAGAUAUUUUGAGAAAUGUAUACGUUUUUCCGUCCAUACAAUGGAAGUCAAUGGUAAAACAUUCUUCAAAAUAUCUCCUUUUGUGUAUGGAGGUUUGGAGGAACACGAGAGAGAGUAAAUGAUGGCAGAAUUUUUGUUUUUUUGUGAUCUAUUCCUUUAAUUAUAUGUGCAUGAACCAUCUCACAUGCUUGUCGUACUUAAUUCAACAAAAUCCCCCAUGUUUAGCAGCUAAAACUGGCAUAAAAACAUAGUUUGUUGCGUUUUUAUUUCAUAUAUAUGAUAGCAUGACUUGAAGGAUGGACUGAAUGGAAAAGCACUGAGAUCCUUUCGGUUUAACUGUUAGUGUGCUGUGUUACACUGACACUUAUUGCAAAUGCUUAGGUUAGUAUAGAUUAGAUUUUCUAUUAUGUACUGAUAUAUAAAAGUGUAUGAAAAGAUGGCUUUUUCUCAUUAAACAUUUCAGGUUUCAGACAUGCAUAUUACAUAUACUCGUCAUUAAGACGUGAUCUAAACCAUUAAGUCAUAAUUCAGAAUUUGAUUUAUUUUUUUUUUUUUUAUAACCAAAAAGAGUAGAUAGUCAGAGAUUUAAUAUGUGUAUAACUUGUACUGAAGUGGGAUGUUAAAAUCAGAUCCCUUUUAGUUGUAGAAGUAAUUUAAGGGUUGUUGUUUGAUCGGAGGAACAAAGAUGAUGAAGAUUAUAUAUGAAGGUUAUACCAUCGUCUAUGCCUUUAACACUCUUAAUGCCUUUUCCUGUGACCCCUAAUCAAACAUUAAAGCAGAACGAAGCACUGUUUUUCAAUCCAGAGAAUUCCCUUUUAGAAUAUCAAUAUUUGAUGUUCUGUGCCCACACAGGACAUGCUAUUGAUAUUAGUGUUUCACUUUUGCAUAACUAUUUAAUGUUUUUUUUUCUAUAAAUGUAUAUCCAUUAUUAAUAUUCACAACCUUGAAGGUAAUGCCACUUGAACUGUGACUGACGCGUAUGUAGAUGAAAAUUGUUAAAUAUACCGUUGAAAACAAUGUUUACCAAGUGAAAUUUACUGCAGUUACUUUUCAUUGCCAUAAAGCAGACACUUUUCAAUCAGUGUGACACACAGUACACUAUUGAUUUUUUUUCUUUUUCCAGAUUGUAAUUUUUAUAUUUAUGUUCCUCUCUUUGUUAGGAUAUUAUGUGUUGAAUGUAGUUUAAAAGGUGUGUGUCUCUCAAUUUACAUUGUCUGUUGUACAUUAGCAGUUCUUAAUCUUCGGUUUAAGUUCAUUUGUUAGGGGUGUGUAAAAGGCUGUUAAGCGUCAAAGGGAUGAGAAUUCCAGAAAGUCAUUUAUCUAAUGGAUGCAUUAAGGCCUGUUAUUGUAAUGAACACUUCGAGUUGAGUUGCACAGUCACACCAUUAAUGCAUUACUAUACUGAAUCAGAUUUGACUGUUUUAUUCCAUUGAUUUGCCAACAUAUGUGCACACUAAUGUAUCUAUGUUUGAGAGUUGAAUGGCUCAAAGGAUUAGGGAAAAUAAACUUUUACUGACAGUCA